AUGAAGUCCGCACUCUCGGUCAAUGCUCUUUUUGCAUUGGCGGCUCCUGCUGCGGCGUAUACUUCUUUGAGCUAUACCAAUGUCUCUGACCCUUACUAUGGACAGAGUCCGCCUGUGUAUCCUUCUCCUGUCGGCAAUGGAUCGAGUAGUACCCAAUGGGUCAAUGCUUACGCCCAAGCACGCGACCUUGUCUCUCAAAUGACCCUGGAAGAAAAGGUCAAUGCCACUCGCGGCUUCACAGGCACCUGCGUUGGCAACACUGGCGCCGUGCCUCGUCUAGGAGUCAAGCCUAUGUGCCUUGCCGACGCCCCAGACGGCAUUCGCGGCCAAGAGUUCGUCAGUGCUUUCCCUGCUGGCAUCCACGUUGCUGCCACUUUCGACAAAGACCUCAUGUUUGCCUACGGUCGUGCUUUGGGUGAGGAGUAUCGUGGUAAGGGUAUCAAUAUCGCUCUUGGACCUGUUGCUGGACCGCUUGGAAGAGUUGCUAGAGGAGGCAGGAAUUGGGAAGGUCUUUCUGCGGAUCCUACUCUUGCUGGUGCUGGUAUGGGUGCUAUCACUCGAGGAAUUCAAGAUGCUGGCGUUAUCGCUACUGCAAAGCAUUGGCUCCUCAAUGAACAAGAGUUUCGCCGCAAUCCCGCUCUUGGGCAAGGCGAAUCUAUGUCUUCUAAUGUUGAUGACAAAACUCUGCACGAGCUCUAUGCGUAUCCGUUCAUGGACUCUCUGCGCGAGAACGCCGGAAGUGUAAUGUGCAGUUACCAACGCGCCAACAACUCUUAUGGAUGCCAAAACUCCAAACUCCUCAACGGCAUCCUCAAGACUGAAUUGGGCUUCGCCGGGUUCGUCAUGUCGGACUGGGAAGCACAGCACUCGGGAGUAGCAUCUGCGAAUGCUGGACUGGACCUGAUCAUGCCAGAUGGAGGCUUCUGGGGCGGUAACCUCACACAGGCAGUCAACAACGGCUCUGUUACUGUAGACCGACUGGAUGACAUGGUCACUCGUCAAUUGGCAGCAUUCUUCUAUGUCGGCCAGGGCGACGGCUACCCUGCUGCAGCCGUGCACAGUAACCUUCAGCUCCAGGAACCGGUCAACGUACAAGCUGAUCAUUCAGAUCUGAUCAGAGAAAUUGGCGCUGCAGGCACCGUCCUUGUCAAGAAUGUCAACAGUACUCUGCCUCUCAAGAACCCUCGUUUCUUGUCCAUCUACGGCUAUGAUGCGACCAUUAAAGCGAACCCUUGGGAGAAUCCAAGCAGAUACGGUGGCGGCUACGAAGUGAACUUCGGUUGGGACACCUUCAAUGGCACAAUGAUCACUGGUGGAGGUUCUGGUGGCAGCACACCUCCCUAUGUCAUCUCACCCUUCCAAGCCAUCCAAGAACGCAUCGCCAAAGACAAGGGAACUCUCCGUUGGGACUUUUACUCAGAGAAUCCUUCUCCACCUUAUGUCAACACCGACGCUUGCUUGGUCUUUGUCAAUGCUUACGCGUCCGAGAGCUUCGACCGCACAACAUUGGCUGACGAGUUCAGCGACAACCUGAUUACGAAUGUAGCCGCGAAUUGCUCAAACACCAUAGUCGUCAUCCACAGUGCUGGUAUCCGCGUUGUUGACUCCUGGAUUGACCACGAGAACAUCACUGCUGUCCUUUUCGCCGGUCUACCCGGUCAAGAAUCCGGACACUCUCUGACAGACAUUCUUUACGGUGACGUCUCACCCUCUGGUCGUUUGCCUUUCACUGUCGCCAAGAAGGAAGAAGAUUACGGCGGUUUGCUCAACUCGACAAUAUCCUUUGAUCCUCACCCCCAAUCCAACUUUUCAGAAGGCGUGUAUAUCGAUUACCGACACUUUGAUCUCUACAACAUAACCCCUCGCUUCGAGUUCGGCUUCGGAUUGUCUUACUCAACCUUCAACUAUUCUGCCUUACACACCGCACGACUCACCGAUGGAAACGUGUCAGAAUACCCUGACCCCUCCAUAGCCAUUGUCCCCGGCGGCCACCCCCAACUUUGGGACGAGAUCUUCUCUGUCACCUUUGACAUUACAAACACUGGAGACGUGUUCGCUCAUGAGGUUCCUCAAGUCUAUGUGGGCAUUCCUGAUGCUCCGAAGAAACAGCUUCGGGCCUUUGAGAGGGUGGCGUUGAGGCCUGGGCAGAAAAAGAGGGUUAGUGUCCCUUUGACGAGGAGGGAUUUGAGUGUCUGGGAUGUGGUGGCGCAGGCGUGGAAGCUACAGAGGGGAGUGUAUGAGGUGUGGGUUGGGCAGAGUAGUAGGGAUGUCAAGUUAGAGGGUAGUCUUACUGUUUGA